AUGAAGUUAUUUCUAUCGACAAUUAUAAUGAAACGAAGUUGGAACUAUUUAUUAAAUAUGUUAAAAUUAGAAUUUUUUCAAAAAGUGGAUGAUACAUGGUCAACACAUCUUUGUCGUCUCUUGGAAAUAAGACAAAAUCCACAACAAAAUAAUUAUUUACAACUAUGUGAUCAAUUACAAUUUACAUUAUCCUCUAAUGUUGAUAAAACGACUAUUUUUCCAAAACUACAUCAGCCGUACAAAAAUUUAAGUCAAAUGUUUGAUGUGUGCGUGCAAGACAAUACUCAGCAACGAUGGAAUCCUCUAGCAGAAUGGAUACAAGUACAAUUAAAUUCAAAUCCACCCCUGUUAGAAUUAAAUGAAAUGAAAACGUUAUUAUUACUAAAAAUCUAUUACAAUUAUUAUUGUAAUAAUCAAUUAGCAUUGUUAAAUAUGUUACUUGAAACAAUUGACAAUGCAUUACAAUUAUCGACAGAAGAGAUGCGUGUUUUUCAUGCAAUAUUGAAACCUGAGCAAUUUAUGAUUGGUUAUAAUAUAGUCGUGGAAGCAGAAAAUUUUUUUCUAAAUGAAUUAUUUCAACUUGAUGCUAAAUGCAGUGAUGAAUUAUCAAUUCGACAUUCACUUAUUAAUUUAAUGGCAAUGAUUUUACUAGGUGGAAAAAAUAAUUUUCUUUGGUCGUUUGCAUUUCAACCAUUAUCAUUAGAAAAUAUUAAAAAAUUCAUCAGAAAUAUUAAAUAA